GGGGCAGUGCUAGUACAGUGUCUCUAGUUGCUGUGUGUCAGUCUCUGCUCCAAGGAGGGAAUAUCACAACGCAGCUGGAGAGCAUUGCAAGGGGAGCUAUACUUAUAUUAACGUGUCACCAUGGCCACAGAGAGAACCUCUCCUGUCCAAAAGGAUAACAGACAGAUGAACGUGUUCGGGAGGCUCUUUGAACUCCCAGUGGUGAGCGCCACGUACAGCCUCAUCCAGAAAACCUACUCGAGCACCAAGCAGACCCACCCCAUCAUCUGCACCGUCUGUGAAGUGUACGAGAAGGGAGCCAAGACUGCCACCAGCCUUGCCGUGUGGAGCAUACAGCCUGCCCUCCAGGGGCUGGAGCCUCAGUUCAUAGCUGCCAAUAACCUUGCCUGUAAAGGACUGGAUCGCUUGGAGGAUAAGAUCCCAGCACUGCAGUACCCUCCUGAGAAGCUUGCCUCGGGUAUUGCAGAGGUGGUUACAAACACGGUUACCACGGUGAAGAAUGGCAUCACCAGCCCUAUUGCCAGCACCUCCGACCGGGCGCUCCACCUGGCAGCGAGCGGCUAUGAGCAGACAGUGAACAUGGUGACAGGCACCAUCGACUACAUAGUCAACACCAGGCCAGCAAAGCUGGCCGCGGAGGGAGUGGACGUGGCUCUAACCACCACCGAGAAGCUGGUCAACUACAUCCUGCCGGAGUCACAGGAGGAACAAGCCAAGGAUGCAUCCAAGAGCCAGGGGUCAGAUGUCGCUAAGCCUGUCACUAAGCCGAGCAGCUACAGGCGGCUGGGGACCCUGGCCAGCACUGUGUGCAGACGUGCCUACGAGCAGACAGCCAAUAAACUGCACCAGACCAGGACACAGGGACAGGAGCUGGUCACGUGGAUACCAGGCGUAUCUCCCUUGACUGGUUUAGCCCUGAAAAACCUGGAGGUGGUAGGCAGCAUUCUGCAGAGUGCCCGCAGCUCAGUGUCGGGGCUGCUGUGGGGCUGGCAGGGAGGGCAGAGUGCCAAGGACCAGAGGAAGAGGGAGGGAAAGCUGCCAGAGAGCAAUGAAGCUCUAAGCAUUGUUACCAAUCUUGGACAGCAGCUGCAGAGCGCCUAUGUGUCUGUGAUCUCCAGCGUGGAAGGCAUGCCCGCGGCACUAUGGAAGACCGUGGGGGAUCUGAGACAAAUCACCCCCAGUCAGGCAGUCUCUGUGGUCAAGGACAGGGCGUCUUCACUGGGAGAGACCCUGGGCACACUCAGGGACCAGGUUGUGAAGAACGUGUCCCAUUAUACCCUACUGCCUGGAUUGUCCACCAAGGGGAAAGAAGAAGACAAGUGUCAAAACCAAAACAGUGACAAGGAGAGCCCCCCGGCCAGCCCAGCAGCCAGGAGGGAAGACACAGGAGGAGAGCAAGGCAACAACUCUGCUCCCAGCAGGCAGUCCCAGGCCGGACGAGAGGACAGCGCCCCGCCCGACAUCUCAGACACCUCAAAGCUGGUGCAGCAGAAGGUCCUGGAACAGACUCCAGUCCAGCAGAGGAUCCUACUGGGGAGGGCCGAUUCCGACUCCCGCAGUCCCCGGGGGUCAGGCUAUUCCUACAGGGAGACCAGCAGCAGCAGGAUGGGAGAGAAGCCCCAAUCGGAGGUGAAGACCUCCACCUACACGCGAUCUGUCCACAGCAGCGCCUAUUCCACUGUUAAAAAGGACUGACUGUCUUCACAACAGGGUUUGGUUUCCAUGCUGGCUGGGAGUGUGAGGGCGGGGAAGGGUUACAUUGAAAAAGCCAGGCCCAUAUCUAACCUCCCACUAAAAACACCCGCCUCCAUGUAUAAUCUGUCCUUGUCAAGUUAUUUUUAUUUUGAACUGCACAUUUUCAGCCAUGUUUUAAACACCAGAUGGUCGUGUGACAUUUCUUACAAUAUAUAACAAGGGAGAAAAGUAGCGCUAUUACGUUAGCUUAGGCAGAAACACUGUCUCUGUACUAGUUUGUGUUUGUGGUCCAGUGUCUGUAGUUUGUGUUCUGUAGAUGCACAGUAUAGUAAAAUAGCCACUCUGUUCUUUCCAGACACUGGACUGGUGUGCAGGGCUUGAAGGGGGUGGGAGUAUUAUUGUAACCUUUUAACAGAGGAGAGCAGGAGCCAUACCAAGAGGGAGUCAGUUUACGAGUGACAUGAGAGCAGAGGUCAGAAUAUUUAGAAGGGUUUAGAAAUAGCUGUUCAGACAAACAUUGAGCAACAACAUGGGGAACUGGAACGUUAACACUAUGUCACAUGGCUUGAAUCUAAAAAUGGUUGAGAAGAAAUAAUUCAAACCGGGAUCAUUUAAAGGUCAAUUUUACUUUAAACCUUUUCUAGUGAAAACUGGGCUUUCGUGUGCUUUCGUGUGCAGCAGUACGUUUUAAUGAGACGAUGGGGUGUUAGGCUGUGGGAGACUGAACUGGGGUAGAGGGACCGGGUGGGUGCACAAUUUCACACUGAAAAGGCUAGAGAAAGACACAUCAUGGGAUAAAGAUACUAAAUGAAUACAGGGAGUAAGACUUGGAAGGCUUCAAACGUUUUUUGUAGGAUAGUGGGAAGCUGAAGAUAUGCUAAAGACGAAGGUGCAAACCUGCCAGGAGCAUGUAUUUCUGUAAAGUUCAUAGACCUAGGUGUGGAGUAAUGUGUACUUCUUGAAUGUCUGCUAUGUCUUUCCAUGAGACAGCUCAGUGUAGGACAAGUUAAACGAACACUCUCAUUCGCUAACACACUGCAAAUAAACAGCAUAGAAUCAUUUAGAAACCAAAGUUUGCAAUUUACAUAGCAAACUAUUUACAAGCUUUAUUCUGUUUUAUACAUGUAUUUCUGUUGAGAUUAUGCAGAUCAGAACUAGAGCGUUAGAUACCAUUCAUGUUGUGAUAUACACGGUAUACAAUAUAUAUUGUUUUGCAUUUGUAUACCAUCGUGUGAACAGAUAAGGUUCCAGUUGCAAUAUGUUCCUGUGAUUUUAUUUCAUGCUCUGGAAAGACCAUGUUAAUGAAACCUGGUUAAAGACAGCAAAGAUUGUAAACGAGUACAGCAUAAACUAUAAGGAUUUAUAAGGACUUAUAAGGAUUUAUACCGCAACCAAGAUUUAAAAAACAAAGAGAACUGCUUUUACUAUAAUUAGUUUGGAAAUGAGUCGGAUAUUUUUCGUGUCAGGGGAUGCAUUUAGGUCUUUUUUCACUUUAAUUACCAGCUUUUUUUGAGUGCACUUAUAAUUAUGUCUGCAUUGGGUUGUAAGUCACAAUCAGAAUCUUAAAAGGGAUAUUUUAACAAAUAUCUGAACUGAUUCUCUCAUUCAUGGUUAUUAAUCCUGCAAUCAGGCGUAGAUAUGUCCUGUAUUUUGAUAGUUUCUUUCACAGAAAUUACAAAGCAAUGCAUUGUUCUGUUUCUUGCACAAUUAGCUUGCAGAAUAGGAAGCUUACACUAUAUUUUACUCAAUAAAACAAUAAAGUACUUUCUAAUCAUU